AAUCUUCGCUUCAGUCGUGAUUUUGUGACCGUCCGCCUACGUCCGUCUGUCUUAACAGCUACGAACGGCGUUCGUCCGGUCUGAAUUGCUACGGGUGUGAAGCGGGUUUUGUCAGCGCAGCUUGUGACCUAGUGCACGGCGAAGUUUUACCCGGACCCAUUGUUACGCAGCGCGUGACUCAGGUAACGGCGAGAGGGUGAGAUGGAAGUGCCAAACGUCACAGGCGCGAUGCAACCUUCUCUCGAUGGCGACUGCGGUGCGACCCAUCAGACGGUCCAGCCUGCGAGCGCAGAAACGUGGCCGGCGCCUUACGAGGCCCCGCCGGAGGGCACCUUCGGCUACAGCCGCUCUCAGAGCUCGGCUCCGACGAUGACCGCGGCGGACGUCAACGGCUCCGGCCCCUUCCUGCCGCAGUGCCAGUCGACUCUCUUGCAGGACGCAGGCCAGCCUAUGCCUUCCAGCGUCAGCUCUUGCCGGUCCGGCUGCCCCCCGGACGAUCAGCAAGCGACGAGGCGGUUCUACACUGGCGACAUAGCGGAUGCCUACGACGAGGCGUGCAACUUCUGGAACUUCCUGGACCAAGAGCUGGAACCCAAGGACAUAAAGGUUGAGCCGUCGUCGCCCUCCUGGCCGGAGGCAGACUCGACGUCGUGCACCCCGUACGGCGGCGCUGGUGCUUGCUGCACCCCGGCGACCCUCGAUCAGCAUCAGCAGACUGCCCGGUACGACGAGCCACGCCCGCCGGUUGCCGCGGACACUGCGGCCAUGACGAGCUGCUGCUACUACGAACUGCAGCCUCCACCGCCGCCACCGCCUCCUCCUACAGGCUCAAGGGACCCGCUGAUGUGCCCUUCGCCGAGCCACUGGCCGAUGGACCUCUCCCUUCGCCUGGGCGCCACCGAGCCCUACUACCACUGCCCGCUUCCGACACCGGCUCCGCAUAGGCAUCCCGUUACGGGAGGAGAUUGGAACCAGCAGCAGUCGCAGCAGUUUGCGGAUGGCGGCGUCGCUAGACUGCCGCCAAUGGGACACGGACUGCGCACUUCGCUUUCGACAUUGGACGACGGGCUCGAAGCGGCCGCCGGCUUCUACUCCAACCAGGCCUGGCACGGACAAGAAGGCGUGGUUUCUCCCGUCUCCAGCGACGCGCCCGAGGUACCGCUUUCUCCGACCGGCGCUUUCCUGAAGCGCUUUCCCUACGUCGGCCCGCGAGACGAUCCCGUGGCAACGCCGCAUCCGCCCGUGCCCCCGCCAACGCCGCUGCCGUCGAUCUCGUCGCCUCACGUCGGUUCUGGUUCGCAGGCUCCGGAUGGCGCCAGGAUCUACUAUCGCAAUGUGCCAUCAGUUCCACCUUGGAACACCACAGGUUCCCCACCGGAGAGCUGCGGCCAAGCGUCGAAUGUCGCCCAGGGCCGGGCGAACUUCCAGGAACUUCCGUCUCCGCCUGCGACCAUGACGACGUUGCUGUCCGCUGUCCAACAGAAGCAGCAACAGGUGAACACCGCUGUGCCCACUGCGUGCCACCAGAGGCCUCGCGGCCCGUUCGAGAGGCUCCCCGCCUUCGUGCAAGUGCAGAGGAGCGCCAGGGCCCGACCGGCGCCGGCCGCCACCCACACCCUGGUUGCCCUGAACGCUCGUUCCUCCGCCGUCGGGACGCCGUCGGCCCCGGGCUGCGCGUCGCGUUUCCCCGCGGCCCCCACGUACUACAACGCGCUGCUUCAACCUCUGCCCGCGAUCAGCCAGGUACCUCCAAGGUCCGGAACCAUCGCCGUCUCAUCCGCCUCCCACCCUUCGUCGAACACGCCGCAGAAGCAGCAGGCCGUACAAGCGACGGGCGAAGGUCACCAGCAUCCGCAGCAGCAGCCGCCGCCGCAGCAGCAGCAGCAGUUCCGGUUUCCCAGGUCCAACCUGACUCUGCUGCUGACGCCGACCGUGAGGCACGGCGGCGCCCUGUCGGCGGCGCCCGGCAUCAACCUGGCCACCGCGGCUCCCGGGUCCAUUCUGCUGCACUCGCCGUCCGCCGGACAGUUCCGCCACCCGCUGGCCGCGGCAACCGGCCUGGUGCACGUGGGCCGCUUCCAGACCGCGCAGGCCUCGACGUCGUCCUCGGCGAUGCCGGACUCGGCGACCAAGCCGCGCAGGACCGCUGCCGAACGCUCUCACCCAGCUGUCAACUACGCGCUGCGUUCUCUGAAGAUUGGACCUUUUCUGCUGGAAGCGGAGGACCCCGAGCUGAACCUAGGUUACAAGUUCAAAAUCAUCUUCAGCAAGAGGCGCUUUAUGUACGAGUUCGAGAGCAUGCCGUCCUCGGAGGACGAGGGGAUGCGGCUGUCCUGCGUCAUCGUGCCCUUCCAAUCGCUGCAGUCGCUGCGCUGCGAGCAGGACUACAUCCUCGUCCAGGUGCAUUCGAGACCCGUCAUGUUCCUGGGCCGACGCACCUCCCCUUCGAAGAAGAAAGGCGCCGCGAGCGCCACCUGCACGUCAUCUCUGUCCGACCAUCUGGAGCACUAUCCCGUGCACAAGGUUCAGCUGAACAACACCGACGUGGUUCGAGUUCGCCACCUGCUGUGGCAGUUCAACCCGCGAUUCCACGAGCUCAUGUUACGGCGAAUGAGCGACGCCGACACCAAGCUUGACGAACCGCUUCCGCCGUACGGGGCGCCAGGCAGAGCCGCUUGGCGGCACGAGGUGGCUAAGGCCAACAAGGCCGCCAAGAAGACCCCGGUAGGUCGACGCCGCGGUAUGGUGGCCCGCAACAGGGCGGUCGCUGCAGCGGCAGGCCAUCCCGUCUCCACUGUGCCCGGCGGAGGACCGGGAGCGUCGCCGCUCGUGCCCUUCGCGGGGUUGCCGUCACCGGCGGCGACGGAGUCGGGCGCGCCGGCCGCCCCGACGUGCGCGUGCCGCGUGAGCUGCCGCGUGGCCCGCUGCUCGUGCGCCAAGGCCCGCACCCGCUGCGACCCCGCGCGCUGCGUCUGCCUGGCCUGCGACAAUCCCCUGAACCUGCUCGAGGCCGUGGGCAUCCCGCUCGGGGAAGCCCAGGCCGACCCGUGCCUCAUGCAGGCUGUCUUCCAGGUGUCCGAUCUUCCGUGGUACCUGUGCCAGCAGGUGCGCCUCAACUGCUGCCCGGACUCCGUGAUGGUGCGCGAGUGCAUCCCGGGCCCGAUGCCGUGCCCGCGGUGCCGACACCCCGCGCAGUACUCGUGGUGCGCCAACACGCUCUUCCACGGCUCCACCAACCACUGCUCCGUGUGCGUGCGCUGCAACCUGUUCGCCGGCCAGCACUGCCAGGCCUGCAACUCGUGCUACUACUACAGCGGCAACGACAAGAACUGCCCCCGAUGUCGUCGCACUCAGGGAAUGCAGAUUGUGCAGAGGCAGGCGGCGGCCGCGAACACCGUGCAGCUGCUGUCCAUCCCGGCAUUGCCCGAAUACCAGCAAACGCAGGCACAGCAGUCGGAGGCACCGGCUGUGUUGCAAGCGAUUGACGCGCCUCCACCGACGAUAGUCUUGAACGCUGCGCAGGUCCCCGAGAGCGCCACUCUAGUCGUGGAUACGCCUCAAGAUUCCACCACUGAGGCUGCACUCGAGGCCGAUGAGGAAGUUCCUCACGUUGCUCCUCACGUUGCUCCUCACGUUGCUCCUCACGUUGCUCCUCAAGUUGCUCCUGACGUAGUCCCUGACCUGGCCCCUGGCAUAGUGCCUGACGUGGUUGAAGUCCCUGGCGGUGAUGAAAGCUUUGAAAAGCUCGUUGUGGCUGACGUAAACCAAGGGAAGGACAAAGCGGCAGUAAUUUGCACCAACAGCCAACCCGGCGACAGAGACAGCGCGCCUCCACUGGUCGUUGAUAUCUAAUUUAAAGAGAUAGGGACUCUGCGUGUGUUGGUCACUAACGAUAGUUGCAGCCUGCCAUUCUGCUUGUGCCGGAAAUGCACCUCAUUCGUCGUCACGAUUCCUGUCCUAGGUGAUGGUUGGCAGAUAUACGUCUACUUGGCUGUGAUUUGCAUUAUUUGUCACCGCGAGUGUUGUUGGGGGAGGGAAUUUGAUAGGUACACGGCGUAGCUUUCAGGAUUCACUGCGUACUCGGCUAAGCUAGAUUGUGUUGCAGGGAUUCGGCUCUGAUAAGGUACCCCACGUUCAAACGGUGGCGAUGUCGCCCCUGACACACUGCAAGUGACGAAAUGCAGUCUUGCAAUAGACAUAAGUUGUGUCCAAUGAUGACAACGCGGAAAGUGUGGUAUGGCACGGCAGUUCACUGCUGAUUCUAAUUUUUAAAUGGUUAUUGCAGCAAUGCCAGAAGUUGUGAAUGCUGAAAGGCCGUGUCAAUACUGUCAACGCAUCGAGCGCACAUUUCGGGAAGCACAUGACCUCUGGAAGCUUUAUAGUCGCAGGGUGCAUGACACAAAAAAAAAAUACUCUAAGUUAUUCCAGUGUUCGUGGUUUAAAACCGCAAAUUCUCCUCCGAGUACAUUGUCGAUGGCUUGGCUGCUACUAUUAUUUUCUCAUUUAUACUAGUCACUUGAAGUUACGCUAACAAUCCGGACGGAUUUUGCGAGAACAGCGUCAUCGCGUAGCUUCUGUUUCUAGAAUGCUCACUUUGUAUUUGGUGUGAUUGAAUACCGCGCAAGUUGCGCGGACGAGUAUUGUUUUGUUCUUUUUUGUACGUAGAGUGUGCGACCUCAUCCUGUUUGUUUCGCUAUCCCUUGCGGAGCUAUAACUUAUUGAUCUUCAUCAGCGUCUGCUUAGCGGAGGUUCUCUCGUUUGAUCUGCUGCUUACAAAGCUCGAGUAAAUUGCUCUAAGUGAGCUGUGGUCACGUACUCCACCUAAACCCACUUCAUCGUUUCUCGUGGCUCACCUGUUGUUGGGGUCUAUUCAUGGAUCCCUGAAGCCUCACCCGUACACCCUCACGACGCCAACUGUCAGUGCAAGUUUAAGCGUCGAGAUGAUAUCAUUCUUUUUCCCGGUGUUCGUUUUAAGCACAAGCAUUUUAAGCAGCUUCAGGUCGCAUUGUUUGCGACCUUCCCGAACCGCACUAGAGGGAAGCUAUUUUUCUUCGGUCUGUUCAAGCAGCGUACAGCUUUUCUAUGGUAUUUCGCUAGCCGGAACACGUUGGAGCGCGAGGUAUCUGAAGUUCUGUGAUUUGCGCUCCGCACUUUUUUUUUUUUUGCUGAAGCUCUAAAAUAUGGAUUUGUUCCCGUAUGACACCGCAUAGUUAUUUAUUACUUGCUACAGCUCCUUGAGAGAUGUAGUCGACCGUCCUGUCACGAAACAAUGACCUCGCUUCAUGUUACACGUUAUUCCUGUUUUGGAAUCCAGUUAGUUGACCCAAUUGAGGUCGUUAAUCACAUGCAGAACUGAUCGCUGCGUUUUCUUUAAUCCGAAACCUGUUGUCAUUGUCUCGUUGUUACCGUUUCUAAAGACAGGAACUCUUUCCAAGGAAAGCUGUUAGGAUUAUUUAUUUAUUUAUUUAUUUAUUUCUGUUUCUUUGUUUAGUGAUAUGUUUCUUUGUUUAGUCAUUUGUUUAUUUGGCUUUGCUGUUUAUUAUAUUUUAAGUUAUUUAAUGUUCUCAUGAAUAUCUCGGCAGAUUGCUGUUACAAACACUAGUUAGGUAAGGUAUAAAUCAUUCCCUCAUUUGCUUUGAGACGCAUUCACUGGAUACAUAGCAUCAAUCAUUUCGUACAUCAACAUAACUUGCGCACUUCAAGGCAGCGGUGUUCAAGAGGUGCUGCUUUUUUUUAUUUUCGCCCCUGUUCAUUUGGGGGUCGUAAGGGGCAUUUCGGAGCGAGGUUCAGCUCGAAAAUAUUAUUUGCCAAUAAUGAACACGCAAGCUCUAAAGAAUGGACUCGUAUCGCUUGCGAAUAUGUUGAUGGUUUUGUUGAUGCUAUGGGCGAGCGAAUGUCCGUCUUUUUUCGCUGCCGUAAGUUGCGUCAUGUAAUGACAAACUACAUUUAGUGCUGCGCUCGUUUGUAUGUUCUUGUUUUCGCACAUUAAUUUACAUGCGAGGUGCAUUCUGUUUGAGAAGGUUGGUACGCACAAACUGACUUUUUUUUCAUUUUUUUUCUUUGCUUUUUUUUGCGCCAGAUGAGCGCUGAUGUAUCUAUGGGAGCCUUCAAACUCAAGGUGGGCUUGAUGUUUGUUUUUUGGGGGCUGGAAGGUACACUAGUGCUUUAUCUAUUUUGUGCCGCAAUAAACGCACUACGUUGAUAUUAUA